GGGGUGACGGCGGUGGCGGCGGCGGCGGCUCUGCCAGGUCCUGCCCGGAUCCCCGCCGCGGCCCCCCGCACACCAUGGCAGACCAUUCAUUCGUGACGCUCACCACAAAUGACACGUAUGUGAAAGGGGCACUUGUGCUGGGCUCUUCACUGCAGCUCCAUAGAACAACAAAGAAGUUAACUGUGCUCAUAACUCCUCAGGUCUCGGACUCGAUGAGGAAAGUUUUAGAAAAGAUCUAUGAUGAAGUCAUUUUGGUAGAUGUCUUGGACAGUGGGGAUUCCGCCCACCUAGCCUUAAUGAAAAGACCCGAGCUGGGCGUCACGUUAACAAAACUCCACUGCUGGUCCCUAACUCAGUAUUCAAAAUGUGUCUUCAUGGAUGCAGAUACACUGGUUUUGGCAAACAUUGAUGAAAUUUUUGAGAGAGAAGAGUUGUCCGCUGCCCCAGAUCCAGGCUGGCCUGACUGUUUCAAUUCAGGAGUCUUUGUUUAUCGGCCUUCCAUUGAGACCUACAACCAGCUGCUGCAGCAUGCUUCGGAGAAAGGCAGCUUUGAUGGUGGGGACCAGGGCUUAUUAAACACUUUUUUCAGCAACUGGGCAACAACAGAUAUCAACAAGCACCUGCCAUUUAUUUACAACUUAAGCAGCAUUUCUAUAUAUUCUUACCUCCCGGCAUUUAAAGCGUUUGGGGCAAACGCCAAAGUCGUGCAUUUCCUGGGCCGGAUCAAGCCGUGGAAUUACACGUACGACCCCAAGACGAAAAGCGUAAAAGACGAGAUGCAGGACCCCACGAUGAUUCACCCCGAGUUCCUCAACUUGUGGUGGGACAUUUUCACCACGCACAUUCUGCCCCUGCUCCAGCAGUACGGGGUGGUCAAGGACAGCGCCGCGGGCCUGAAGGCGCUGUCGGACUUGGUCUAUUCACUGGCUUUCUCUUGUGGCUUCUGUAGAGAGGAACGAGUCACGGAAGCCAUGUCGCACCUGUCCAUCGGCCCGGUCCCGGUUUCUCCGCCUCCCGCGCCGCCGUUUGUAUCCUCAGAAGAACGCAAAGAGCGGUGGGAGCAGGGGCAGGCCGACUACCUGGGAGCAGAUUCCUUCGACAACAUCAAGAGGAAACUGGACACUUACCUCCAGUAGACCCACUGGCGUUUCCCCCACCCGGACGUCGGCAAGCGGGGACUCGGUUCGGAUGUUUAGCGGCUAGGACGACAUUGAGUACGCCCCAUUACAAUCGCUAGUGGCUUGACUAAAAAAUUAUAUCUCCCGAAGGUCCGGCAGAACUACAGGUGAGGACCGGGCCCCUCCCGGGAGGGCGGCAUCCUUCCGUUGGACCAGUUAGCCGAUGGGUGCGGCUCCCUGUCCCCCCUCCUGUUCUCCCCAUUCAGUAACUGAGCUAAAAUAGAGGUCUGCCUGCCUAAAUUAAGUGCUGAUGUGUCCGUGAUUGAUUUGGACAGAGGCGAAAAGGCGUCGGACUGCCUCACUCAAAGGCUUUAACCUGUAGAGCUGGCCUUCGACCUCCCUUUAGAGCGGGGAAUGGCGUUAUUGCUUGGCUUGCUGAAUCCCGCACCAGACCUCCAUUUAAGGAUUGACCAGGAGCGGCUCCAGUGGUUCUCGUUCUGCCUUUAGGCAGAGGAACCGGCGUACACUCCCAGUGCUUAGAACAGUGCUUGGCACAUAGUAAGCGCUUAACAAGCACCGUCGUUAUCACCUCGCAGAUACAUCGGCCCACUGAGUCAACCUGCUGGGGCCCUGCUUUGUUUCUGGCAAUCCUGUGAUGGGAUAGCUUCACUUGGCUUCAACGUACAGGUCAGAUAGCAUGCUAGGAUGCUUUUGUUCAGUUCUGUAGCUCCUGGGGAGGGUAGUGAGUUUUCUGAAUGGUUCCCUGCCGUGGCACUGUGUAAGACAAAUAAAAACUCCGGGUGAA